CGGAAACUACUUUGACGUCAACACGUGUGCAGACUUGUCUUGAGAGUUCGCUGCAGUACGUGAGGCGUUGCAUGCAUACUCCUGCUUCCGAAAUAACAACGACGCCGAGUGGAUGCAAAGGCGACUGCGGGCGUGAUUGGAAGAAACAUGAUUUCCAGCAAAAUCCAACCUGGAGCGUGGAGACAAUGGCUCACGCGUGUGACAUCCAGGCAGGAGCUGAGCAUGUCCACUUUCGUGCCCCCGCAGCCAGUGCCUCCUCUGAGUCAAACCUUACAAGCCUACAUGAGGAGCCUGGAGCCCCUCAUACCUCCUGAAGAGCUUACUCACACCCGCAGGGUGAUGCGGGAGUUCUCUAGGCGUGGUGGUCUUGGUGCGGAGCUUCAGAAGGGCCUGGAAAGGAGGGCCAGAAACACAGAAAACUGGAUCACAGACUGGUGGGUCCAAUGGGCCUACUUGGAAAGUCGAUUGCCAUUGCCUGUGCAUUCCAACCCUGCUAUUUCUCUUCCCAGGCGAGAUUACAAUGGCUGGAGGAGCCAACUUUUGUUUGCUUCCAAGCUGAUUGUAGCGGUACUUGAAUUUAAAGCCAGACUUGACGCUGGCCGGCUGGCGUUAGAGUACAUGCGAGGCAGGCCUCUGUGCAUGGAACUCUACCCGCUCCUCUUCUCCUCAUGUCGCAUCCCGGGCCCCAAACACGACUACGUCGCUCACCAUGGGACCUCCCGACGGUCCCCAACGCACAUCACUGUGGUCAGAAACUAUCAGUUUUUCCAGCUGGAGGUGUACAACAGUGACGGGUCCCGACUGACGGAAAGCCAGAUUCACGGGCAGCUGCUGAGGAUCAGGUCUCAGUCCUGGAAGACGGAUAAAGAGCCGAUGGGCAUCCUGACUAGCGACCAUCGCCACACGUGGGGCCAGGCCUACAAUCGCCUUCUCAGAGAUAAAUUAAAUCGGGAAUCAGUGCGGGCAAUCGAGAGGGGACUUUUCUCAUUAUGUCUGGAUUCGCCAGUUAUGAGGAUAUCAGAUGAAAAAUAUGCCAGCCGCAAAGCAGCCCAGGUCCUGCACGGAGGCGGGACCUUCUCCAAUAGUGGCAACCGUUGGUUUGACAAAACUCUACAGUUUGUGAUCGGCGAGGACGGCUCUUGGGGUCUUCUGUAUGAACAAGCCACAGCCGAAGGUCCUCCCAUAGCGACUCUGCUGGAUUAUGUCCUGCGUCACUGUGAAGAACCAGACUCACGGAGGUCACCACUGGUUCCUCUUCCAAUGCCCAAGAAGCUUUACUUUAAUAUAGACCGAGAAAUCAAGAGAGACAUUGAGAAUGCCAAGCAGAACCUUGAUAUACUGAUCAAUGACCUGGAUGUGAAUGUAUUCAACUUUAAAAAGUUUGGCAAAGACCUCCCCAAGCGGCACAAAUUGAGUCCCAACUCCUUCAUCCAGUUGGCGCUGCAGCUGGCCUACUACAGAGUUCACGGCGACGUCUGCGCCACUUGCGACAUUGCCUCUCAGAGGAUGUUUCGCAAAGGAAGAACCGAAUACAUCCGCUCGCCUUCUAACGAGAUGCUUAAAUUCAUCCUCGCCUUUGUCGAUCCAUCCGUAUCGCGGGAGGUCAAGCUCCAGCUGCUGACACAAGGCAUUGAUGCCUACUCAGCUCUGACUGACCAGGUACUUAAAGGACAUGGCAUAGACCGACAUCUGCUUGGGCUUAAGUUGCAGGCCAUCGAAGAGGGAUUGAGCGUUCCCAAAAUCUUCAUGGAUACUGCCUUUGGCCUGGCAACUCAUUGGAAACUCCGAACUGGGCAGGUGCCUGCAAACACAGACAGUGUAAUGUGUUUUGGUCCCCUGGUACCUGAUGGUUACGCAAUAUGUUACAACCCACAGUCCGACCAUGUCCACUUUUCUAUAACUGCUUUCAACUGCUGUGAUGAAACAAAUGCAGAAAAGCUGGGCGUUGCCGUGCGGGACACUCUGUGCCAACUGCACGACCUAUUGGAGCCUACUGUGUAGAGCUGCAGCAGGCUAAGCGUACUCCAAGUUUCACUCCUCAAAUGUACAAAAUUGUUUAUGAAGGGCUCCUUGUGGAUGUUUUUUCUUUUUUUUUUUUCUUUUCUCCAUUGUUCAUUCACAGGUGGACACAUUAACACUUCAGCAUCAAUCAUGGACAAAAAGCGUUUGUAUAUACAGUAUAAUUAAUUGUCACCAUCAUUAAGUUUUGUAGGUUACUUGGUGUGAUUGUGAAGGACCAAAAUAUGGGGGGGAAAAAAUGUCGAUGGUAACAGUUGAAGUUGCUUGAAUUAAUUGAAUGUGGCCCGAUUUGUUGGGCAUGUAUGCGCACAACUUGCUGGUUGGUAAUAAAGUUCCUCUAAUUGCUCACUGA